AUGCGUGCAGCGCGCUUACCUUUCGAGAUGAUCUAAGUCGAAAAGGUCCGCAGUUGACUCGGCACAUACCAACCACACCAACGAGCGAGCGAGCGAGCCAGCGAGUAUUCGCUGGUGGAUCUCCAAGUUGUCGUAAAGGGGGCCUUUUCAGAAAGACGACGGACGAUCAACGUGGUGUGUGCGCGUUUGUAUGUGCGUUUGUGUGCGUGUGUACUUUGUGACUGAGAAGCGGAACGCGUGUGUGUGGGUUCUGUAAAGUCCUAAUUAUGCCAUCAGCUUCUUCGUGAACUUAUUCGUUAUCAUCAGCCGCAGAAGAAGUAGUCGUCAAAGGCCGGAGUUUUGGAUCAGGAGCUUGACAAUUGUGCUCAAAUAAAAAUUUAAAAAACCCCACAAACUCACUUCUUAGGAAGAAAAAAAUCAACUUCUCAAUCAGGGUCUCAAAAUACAUAAAUAAAUAAGUAAGCUUACUCUCCCAAACAAUUUUUUCACUAGUUUUUGAGAUUAAAAUCACAAUUAUUGUCUAAAUUAGGAAUAUACUACGUUGACCUGUGUGUGGGAGAACAGUAAUUCGAAUUGAGGACGGGGACAACGUUGUCAACUGAACUACAUGCUGAAAGGUGAAGCGUUGGUCGAGGACGUAGAGGGUUCAGUGUUCUGUCGGAGGAAAAUCUCAUAAAGACGCGAAAGGUUCGAACUGACUGGACGAGAGUGGUUCGAAACUUGAACCCCACUGGAGCGUCGUCAUGUCUGGUCUGACGAUGGAGAGCAUCAAGGAUUUGUACAACCGAACAAUGGCACAGGCCGACCCCCGGGUGGAGACCUACCCGUUCAUGGGAGCCCCUGACAAGAUGCUGUACGCCAUUGGCCUCUAUCUGUUGGUCGUGGUGCAGGGACCUAAAAUGAUGGCGUCGUUCAAACCUCUGGAGCUGAGAAACACCAUCAUUGUGUAUAACUUUCUGAUGGUCCUCGUCUCUGCCUACAUAUCUCUGAUGUCUUUGAGAGGAAUGUUCAAGGUGGGCUAUUCUAUCUACUGUGAUUCUUUGGACAAGUACCAGUACAACUCCAAUAAUGAGGUGGUAAUAUGCUGGUCAGCGAAUCUGAAGACAGCAAUUACUGGUCUCGUUAUCUCUCUUCAGUAUGUCUCGGUUGGCUGGAUUUUCUUCAUGUCUAAACUGGUCGAAUUCCUUGAUACGGUGUUUUUCAUCCUUCGCAAAAAGAACAACCAGAUCACGUUCCUUCACGUGUACCAUCACUCAACUAUGACAAUUUUCACCUGGCUGGGAGUCAAGUUCCUUCCUGGCGGCAC